CGCCCUCUACAGGACAGUGUCCUUCUCAUGUCAGCGGACUGCGAACUAACCCUUUUUGGGCUUCUCGGGAUCCUGUAGCAGAUCCCCUUUAGUUUCUCUCUCCUCACAGUCACAGCAUGGACCCUUUCUCCAACUUUAUUUCGGCGUUUUAGUGUUAGUUUUCUGUUGUUUUGGGAUUAACAGUCUUUUGUCUGGAUUCCGUUAACUCAUCUGGACACCAUGUUUACUACCACCGGCUCUCGGGGCCUGUACAAGGCUCCUCUGUCCAAAGGCCUCCUGCUGGUUCUCAAUGGGCUGACUGUGAUCCUCACCCUGCUACCACAGUACCAAGAACUGUUCGUGUACAACCUGCAGGCUGUCGCACAGCAGCACCAGGUGUUGUGGUUGUUGUGUGGCAGGCUGGUCUGUCUAGACGUAAAGGACGCCUUCUGUAGCAGUUUGCUCAUCUACAACUUCCGAAUCUUCGAGAGGAGGUUUGGCACCAGGAAGUUUGCCUCCUUCCUGUUGGGCACUUGGUGUCUCUCAGCGCUGUUGGACUUCCUGCUGGCCCAGGCUUUCCAGUUUCUGUUUGACUAUGAGGUGGAGGAACUGCCUGCAGGACUGCUCGCGCCAGUCUUCUCUCUGUUUGUGCCUUUCUACCGGUUGAUCCCCAGGAUGCCGGUCACCCAGGUCCUCGGCUACAUCCCCAUCACCAACAAGUCUCUGGUCUACAUAGUAGGCUUGCAGCUGUUGACUUCCAGUCCCUUCAUGUGGCUCCUGGCACUCAGUGGACUGAUCUCAGGCGUAUUGUACCACUCCAAUGUUCUGUGGUUACCGAAGCUCCUCUUUGUACCUGCCUGGGUGUCUUGUAUUGGACGGUACAUUCUGGAGCCACUCGUCUCAAGCUCCCAGCCGAGCAGUGAGACGCCCGUGGGGAUGGGUGCCACUCUGGACAUCCAGAGGCAGCAAAGGAUGGACAUACUGGACCAGCAGCAGCUGCUGGCCCAAUACAACGAGUCCACGAGGAACACCAGACCACAGCCACAGUCUGGGUUCUUACAGUGGACCAGAUUGUUUCCCUCCCUGAGACAAAGAGGACAGAACCGACCCCCAAUGCAACCCCAUCCCCAGGCUCAGCCACAGCCAUCCACACAGCCCCCUCUACUGGACAACUCUCCUGCGGAGGAUCAGGUUGCACGGUUGGUGGAAAUGGGCUUUUCCAGGACCGAUGCCCUUGAGGCCCUCAGAGCUUCAAACAACGACAUAAACUCGGCAACAAACUUUCUCCUGCAACACUGAGCGAGGGAGAUAGAGAGAGAGCUCGGUGAGAAACACAGAGGUGAAUGAGGACAGAGGAAGAAAUCAGGAAGAGAAGAAACCAAAGCAAAACGGAGAAAGCGUGAAUAAUGGACAAUUUGUACAGAUAAUCUGAAGACUGUGUCACUGCUCGCUGAAGCAGUCGUCAGGCUGACUCAACCUGAACCGAGCCCGAUGGCAGGCUGAUUAAUGAAGAGGUGUGAAGCACAAACUGGAAGACAUUUGCGUCAUAGCUUUCUUGAUGGCCGCCGCAGUGUGAAACAGGCUUCAUCGCUCACGGCAGACGAGUUAGACCUCUAACUCCGAGGGGUUCCCUAUGAAAACAAACAGCAGUCUUCAGUGCAGUGGGAGGAAUAUAAAGUGGGUUAUUUAUUUAAACAGAAGUGAUGCUAAAGCACACAAAAUCAGCUGAGAUCCCACCUACCCUCCACAGGGAUACCAACGUAUAGCUGUGUGACAUAAAGUUUGAUAUAACCCACUGUCCUGUACUGCCACUCUGCUUCCAAAAUGGCUUAGCAGCAUCUUAGACCCUGAACACUGGCGAGAGAUGUAUGACAAAAACAGGUGCAGAAGGUUAUUGAGAAAAUACAUCAGAAAACAUUAUGUCAUCUGUUCAUCUCCUGUCGGAUAAAGUAAAAUACUUUGGCUUGAGGAUUUUAGGCCAUCCUCUCUUGGAUAGUGUUUUGUUUUUCUCUGAGAUGAUAGGAAUGCAGCACCUGCUAGAAGAAGUCCACGAGCAGGUGCAGAGGUCAUGAUUACAACUUCAGAAUUUCUGAUUAAAGAAUACAAUACAACCUUCUUCA